AUGGCAACGUUGACAAAGGGCACGGUGGAGGAUGCGCGGCGGCCUGAGUCAUCUCCCAGACCCAAGGGGCGUGAGAAUGCAAAAGACACGCUCUGUAGGAAUGUGACGAUAUAUGGCCACUGCCGCUAUGAGGAUAAAGGAUGUGCUUUCAAUCAUGAUCCAGUCAAAUCACAGCCUAACAGUCAAGUGGAAAGCAUCAAGAAGCGCUUUAAUAUUGCUUCACCGAGCUUUACACCUUCGUCACUUGCUGUGAAUGGCAACCAUGCUACACCAAAGACCCUAGGUCUUUCCCCCAAAGCAGCCAAUGCUGCACCUUUCAAACCCAGAACCCUUACCCCAGCUCCCAGCGUUGCUUCCUCAUCUGUCUCCUCUACGACUGCAUCAUUGAAACAGUAUAAUCCUAAUGCGCCUGAUUGGAUAGCGCCGGACGCCCAGGAGUUCCUUCCUCAAGCAUACAACUCGGGCGAACAAAACGCUGAAUACUCCCAAUCCAAUCACUUCGACUCUUACCCCCCUUCUCAAGUUGCAAAUGCUGUUCCAAAUGCCGCCGAUCUUCACCAGAACGGAAACAUGUAUACCCAAGAUACAAAUGGCUAUGGUCCAAGAUACUAUUCCAAUCAUACAGACCCCUCACACCAGCUCAACCAAAAUCUCUACACUCCCUUGGAACCUCAUCGAGAACCCUCGAAACCCAAUCAGAGAACUGCGAAAGAACUGUUCAUCCCAGAAGAUCUAAGGCUGAAGCUUCACGCCAGGACUGAAGCGACUUUGAGGGUUUUUGCUGUUUCGAACACGCCCACCGUUGAACACUACCACACCCUUACGCCGUUGACAAGCGUCAAUCAACAACAAAGUCAGACAUUGCGUGGAUACUCUAGCACCAUCUAUAAAGCCGUAUCUGCUAAGGACGGCAGAACUUACUGCCUAAGGCGCAUACAUGAUUUUCGAGCCACGAACCUCAAUGAGAACGCCAUCUUCGCGGUCCGCCAAAAGUGGGCAGCUGUUAGAAAUAGCAACGUCGUAUCGCUCCAUUUUGCCUUCACAACCACAAACUUUGACAGUAGCUCCCUAGUCAUUGUUUCGGACUAUCAUCCUGAUUCAAAAACGGUUGCUGAAAAGCACUUCAACCAGACUCCUAGCCGCCCUAACCGCAAUGCUCCUCCUCUCAUCUCCGAACAAACUCUGUGGAGCUACAUCGUCCAGAUUACCAACGCUCUCAAAGCUGUUCACUCUGCACAACUGGCUGUUCGAGUCAUCGAACCAAGUAAAGUGAUUGUGACCGACGAAAACCGCAUUCGCCUCAACGGCUGUGCAUUGGAGGACUUGCUGGUUAGUGAAAUACACGAUAUUGCUGACCUACAGCGACUGGAUUUUCACAAAUUUGGCAACUUCAUCCUAGCGGUGGGUACAAAUAACAUGUCCAAUUCUUCCUCUAGGGCACGAGCGCCCGAUGUCUUUGCACAGAAUUACUCCAAAACUAGCCCUCAGCUCAAAAUCGUUGUUGAAUGGCUUCUGGACCAUGACAGACCGGAAAAUCAUGAGGGGAUCGACGUUCUGAUCAAGUUGAUCAGCUCUAAUGCUAUCGAUACUUUCGACAAGUCGCUUCAUUCUAAUGAUCACCUAUACUUCUCCCUUAACAAGGAGAUCGAGAAUUCUCGCCUUGUGCGCCUAAUGACGAAACUCAGCUGCUUGAAUGAGCGACCUGAGUAUGAAAAUGAUCGGACAUAUACCACACAAGGGUCUCGCGCAGUGCUGGGCCUGUUCCGCGACUACGUCUUUCAUCAGGUCGAUGCCCAAGCAAAUCCUGUAGUGGAUCUAGGUCACAUCCUGUCUUGCCUGAACAAGCUAGAUGCAGGCAUUGAGGAGCGGAUUGCUUUGACAUCAAGGGAUGAGCAGUCCGUGAUCGUGGUUUCGUACAAGGAGUUGAAAGGGGCUCUAGAGGGCACAUGGCAGGAGCUAGUAAGGCGAUCGACAGGAUAG